AAAUGUUUAAUUAGUAAUAUAUAUCUAUUUAUAUAAAAGUUCUGCAUCUCUUUUGCUUCUUCUUCCUAUUUAUUAGAACAGAAGAGAUGGUUAUGUUUCUAACUCACUGAAGAGGAAUGAAGGCUUAAAAAGAAGGAAGACAUAACUUAAGAGUUUCUUCUCUCUCACUCUCUCAGAAGUGUUCACUUUAUUUUUUUAAAAAUUUCUUUAUUUCUAUCACUUCACUUCUUUGAGAGGAACUAUUAAGAUCAGAGAUUUAGCGUCUCUUUAGAUUUUUAUUUUCUUUCACAUCUGAGCUGAGAGAUCUCUAGAGAGAGAGAGAGAAAAAAUGGGCACUACUAGUGAGGAAGCAGUCAAGCAAUUGCGUACAUUAAUGGAAGAUGUUGAUGAUGAAUCACUGAGGGAGUCGUAUCGGAACGUUCAUCAAGGGUAUCCAACAGAGACCUUGUUGCGCUUCCUUAAGGCCAGGGAUUAUAAUGUCCACAAAGCUCACAAAAUGUUGCUCGACUGUUUGGAAUGGAGGACUCAAAACGAGAUUGACAAUAUACUCACCAAACCAAUCGUUCCUGUUGAGCUGUACAGAGGAAUCAGAGACUCUCAGCUUGUCGGUCUCUCUGGUUAUUCAAAAGAGGGUCUCCCUGUCAUUGCCAUUGGUGUUGGGCUUAGCACAUAUGACAAAGCCUCUGUUCAUUACUAUAUACAGUCUCACAUUCAAAUGAAUGAGUACCGUGAUCGAGUUGUAUUGCCAUCUGCUACAAAGAAACAAGGUCGACCAAUCUGCACCUGUUUGAAAAUUUUAGAUAUGUCUGGUCUGAAACUUUCAGCAUUAAGUCAAAUCAAGUUGAUGACAGCUAUAACCACAAUUGACGAUUUAAACUAUCCAGAGAAGACAGACACAUAUUACAUUGUCAACGUCCCCUACAUAUUUUCUGCCUGCUGGAAAACCAUUAAGCCUCUGUUGCAAGAGAGAACCAAGAAGAAGAUUCAAGUUCUCAAAGGCUGCGGUAAAGAUGAGUUGCUCAAGGUAAUGGACUACGAGUCUCUCCCACAUUUCUGUAGAAGGGAAGGGUCUGGGUCUGGGUCUGGUAGACAUAUCUCUGAAGGAACAGUAGACAGUUGUUUCUCUUUGGACCACUAUUUCCACCAAGAGCUUUACAACUAUGUCCAUCAACAGGCUUUGGUUAAAGCGUCGAGUGCUCCCAUCAGGCAUGGUUCUGUCCACGUUAGGUUCCCUGAACCAGACACGGAAGGCACCAAAAUAUUCGACAGCUUAGAAUCUGAGUUCCAAAAGCUUGGAAAUGACCAGAAGGCCUGAUUUUUUUUCUGGUUAUGAGCAAAAGUAUUUUAAGAUAAAAAAUCACCUCUACUUGUUGAGCAUCACAAACAAGACUGUAUUUACUAGAUCUGCUUGCAUCAGCUAAAUGCAGGUUUUGUUGGAAAGAAAAAAGAGAGGAAAACACACAAUUUCCCCAGGAAUGGAUCUUUAUGUUCAUUUGCACAUAGAGAAAAAGUUUUUUAUUUUUAUAUAAUAUACAACUCAUUUUCUA